UUUUUAAAUUCAUAAUUAUGGGCAAUUCCAUGGUAAAAAUUCCCUUCAACGAAAUUAAUUUGGUGCCCGGAAAUGUUCUCAUUGAAAUUGACAAAAAAUAUAAAUUCGAUGCUCGCAGCAGAGACACUGGUGAUAUGUCUAGUUCGGACUGUUUAAUUCGGGGAAGAGUUGUUCGUGUAGCUGAAGUGUCACCGUUUUAUAACCAAAGUGGGGCAAUGGUAAUUGGUCAUCUUAGAGUGGGAGACGAGGUGAUUUUAUACAAAAAUAAAUUUAAUAGUGACUCACUAAUAGUGUUCGGCACCUUUCGGUUACCAAAUAAUAGUACUGAUACCGAAAAGGUCCAUUUUUGA